CCCACAAUCCAGUGCAUAGUACGUCUUCAACAGCACAAAGACACUGAACACGAAAACGAUGAGCCAGCCACGAAAACCCUCAAUCAGUAUCGAUGCAGCUUUGAGCAAGCCUCCGCCCACCCCUGCGACGACAGCCAACGAACGGGCGGACCUCAAGAAAAAGGUGCGGAUAUCGCCCAAGGUCGGAGACAACGGGACCGUAGCGAUUCUGAGCCAGUUCGGGGAGCUGCUAUCGCUCACACAGAUUCUCGCGGACGCCAAUGGGGAGCCCAAAUGCGUAUCGGCGGAAACGCGGGAUUGUGUCUCUGCGGAUAUGCGACAUCCCAAGCAGUGGCGAGGCUACGAUGGCGAGAUGCAAGCCGAGGUCUACGGAGAGAAGGAAGACCCAGCCAGCAACGAAGACAAGGAUAGUGACAACGACAGCGAUCGUGACAGCGGCGAUGAGGAGGAGGGACGGAAACCACUGGAGGAUUGGGAAUCGCCAGCCGGAAUAAGCCCGCAUUAUCACUAUCGGAAGACCGCAUUCAAUCGCCUUUACGAGAAGGCUCAUUCGGGAUUUGGCUUGCGUCUGGCCGCCGACACCGGAAAGUUGGAACUUCAUGAACUACGAUAUCGAGAAGACCGGUGGCCAGAAUUCCAACUCGUCCGAAGAAAAAAUAAAGAACUCAAGAUCGAUGUUCAAUACUUCGUCGACAACAAUCAGCUCUUUCAGCAGUACACCAUUACAUCAACGGACAGUGAUACAUUUGAAUUAUGUAUGGACAUUGACUUCACCGCCGCCCUCCGGUACUGUCUACUCGGCACCGUGGAAAUCAGCCCCCGAAAGUCCUAUGAUAAUCUGACAUCCGUCCGAAAGCUACACGGUUCUGGCCAAGUUGCGGUGGAAGGAAGUGCUCAAAAGUUGAUAGUCACCUUGUUCAGGGACAACUCCAUUGUCCCAUUGAAUGGUUUCGAAGAGAAUGAGGAUAUAUCAGUCAAAUCUCCUGAAGAAAUUACUCACCGGGAACGUGUCCAGAUUGCUCCCGGCGAAGUAGUCACUUUCACCGCAGUCUAUGCAAUACUGAACAAGGCAGAACAGUUCGCUACUCUCCCGGUCUUGCCAAGUGGAGGAUUCGAUAGAGCCAGUGGAACGAGGUGGUGGGAUUUCAAGAAAGAAUGCAAAGAUUCCUCCUUCACGUACCGCCGCUCCCUCGAACACAUACUAUGCGUGACGGCACUACCACUUCCCACGUCUCACCCCGGUUACGAGGGCGUUCGUCCAUACAUGCUACUAGACAAUUCACUCUCGCUAGCCCAUGAACCCCAAGAGGGAUACAUGCAACUGAUAUUCCUACUCGGAAUGUUUGAACUCUUUUCCACUUGCCACCUCGCGGACCCGGUCUCGACCGAACGAUACCUUUACAAGAUCCAGGAGGUGGCGAAGGGAUAUCUUCUAUGGCUUUGCGAAAUGAAGACAAAUCCGAGCGACGACGAUCGCAUGAAAGUUCUGAUAGAAGGAGAAAGUGAAACACCAGACACCGACCCUGAUCGGGGUUGGAUUCAGACCACCAACGUUGCCGAACGAUAUUGUGAUAGACUGAUAGCACUGCACCGCUUCGCCCGUCUAUUUCCUGGGGAAUCAGACUUCACUCGGAAGAUAUUGUGCAGUACUGCGCCCAAAACCUGGGAACACGUCAGAAAGGUACAGGACUCAGAUACUGACAUGGUAUCCGAUAUUUUUCGGCGUGAAUAUCUACCUCGUUGGGUGCCUAUCAAAUAUUUCGAGCUGAAUACGCAAAUCAUGGUGUGGAGGGCGAUGGACGCCUUCAAGAAACUACUCAAAAUUCUGGACAUCUCGACUCAGGACAAGAUCCGCAAGAUUUGGGAAACGGAUCCACACGCGUUUCGGCGGAACGUUAUCGAACGGUUCACUGUCGAGGAAAACCCUUCGGCCGCUUCUGCAAAUGGGGGGGUUUGCAGACAGUUGAUGGCCACGCAUAUGAUCUCCGGCGCCAUAACGUUUAGAAUCUCGCCCAGAAUAAUGCCUCUACUGGUGUCUGCUUUGGACGGAAGCUUUUUUAGCAAGGACGACCUGGCGAUUGGUCCCUGGAAUGAGACACUGAAUCAAACUGAAUUGUGGCCAUUUUGCCCCGAAAACAAACCACCCGACGAGUUUGUUAAUUGCGCGGUAUUGAAUUUGCUUUUGGUGCGAUACCGAGAUGGUACCACCACCCAUCAGGAUACAGUUGAUGCGAGGAUGCACCUAGAGGCUGUUGUCUCCGACACAGGACUACUCAUCACCAACCGCUCUCUACACCAAAUCGGAUGGCAAUCGAUCAUGACGCUUCUUUUCAACGACUACGAGGAGCAGCUCUCUCCCGCAAAGGACCGAAUGGAAUGGAAUAGGAGCCCAGUUAUUUCUCCCACCCCCAACGUGCUGCGUACAGUGCCUGGAUCUCGGACAGCCGAUACACGCGACCCUGCACCGCCUCUUCAGAGCUCACUUCGCGAUGAUGUCUCCAAGAAACGCCGGAAGCUAGAUCUUUCUAAAGAAGACCAGGAGUUGAUCAACGAAAAACCAGAAUAUGGGCCGGCAUGGCUAUUCCAUGAUCUUUGGUUCUUUUCCAGUCCAGAACACAGGAUUUCAAUCCCCAUAAAAUCUUUCGUGGACGUCAAAACACGGCUUUUGCAACUUGACAAGGUCGACGAGGAAGAUUUUUUUGCUACCUGGCUAAAUAGUAUCAUGCCAAAAUCCCACGAAAGAACCUUAUUUAUCGAACGCAUGACAAAGACCCCCGGCACGGCUCUGAAUUUUAUCGUAGACUUCGGGAAGAAGCCGACGGUCUCCAAACUUCUUGGUCAUCACCACUACGCCCGCGACACCGUAGGAGCCUCGAUCAUCAACCGUCUUAUCAAACCAAGAGUUAAAGCAACCUCGAAAAAGCGAGUGAUCGUGGUGGAAAACAUGAACAAAGCCUUCUUAAUGGUCCUUUGUGCGACCCACGUCAAUUCAGAGGCAUAUUACUUGGGAAUUUUCAUUGAGUCAGUGAUCAAGUGCACGCCAAUGCACGUCUUCGAGACAUUAAUACCCGAGGGAAUAUGGGAAACGCGCGUAUGCAUAAAAUACAUCCAGCACUUCCACCCGUUUGACGACAUAGACACUGGAAACGUUGAUCAGAGCCAUUUCCAUGCGAAGCGUUGGCCAUUACGGGACAAAAGCCCAGGGGAUGGGAGACUAAGUUCCCUUCCAGAUUGGCCUUUGAGAGAAGCAGCUUUCGGAUUUAGUAUCAUAGGGGAUAUCCAUGAUCGCCACUGGACAGCUUACAUCUUUCACAAUUAUGAUGCGGACCUAUGGGACUUGACCGGGGACGCGUUCCGAGGGCCAUGCCCUUCCGAUAACAUGCAUCAAAGGAAGAUCCUAGAGGGAUGUCUCGUUGCUCGGGCUCUCCAUCUCUUGCUAAUGAAUACUCGCUCUAUUCUGGGGCAAAUCGAUCAAAUUUCGCAGCAAGACAAGUACUCGUUGUUUGAUCAAUUUGGAACGGAUCGUGGAAGCGGGGAGCACAACUUCAACAGUCGAUAUAAACACAGCGUGCUCUUUCCCUGGUUGCUUGAGCUGUUGAGAUUGCUCAGUGGUCAUUGUGAUAGUGCUCAGACCACGGUCGAUGUCUUCUUGCAAUCCGAGAAAAAUUUCAAGCACAAGCCGAGAUGGUCGAAAGGAGACCAAAUCAAAUACGGAGAGCAGUUGAGAAAAAAUCGGAAAAAAAUCAACUCACAGCUUACCAAAAUCAGGGAAGUCAAGGGGCAGAUUGGGGAAAAGAUUGCAUGGUUCACGAAACUCAAGGAAUGGAUCGCAAGCGACCUCGCUCUCCAAGAUGCCCGGCGUUCUAUUAUUCUGUCGGAGAGUGCUAGGAUUUUCACAGUUGUGACACUCAUAUUCCUUCCUCUGUCUUUCAGCUCAAGCAUCGUUGCCAUAGACGGCCUUAGUUGGGGUUCGCCUCUCGCAGGACUGUUUAAGAUUAUCGCCGCUGUGUCAGCUUUCACCAUAAUCAUUUUGGUCAACCUCGAUUUCAUAGACCGAUGGACUUGGUAUCUCCUCGCCAAUUGCCACAAGUUCCUCCGGAUGAAAAUGAAGAGCGAGCCAGGCGGUACCGCCAAAACGGCUCCGAUAGUCGAUCCCGAAUCAGGCGGCUUGGACUCGCCCGAUUUGGCCACCGGUUUUUGGGGCAAUAAAGCCGGCGAACUCGAAAGCAUGGAUGACCGUAAGGAAAUCAUGGGCGAGGGCGUGUCGCAGCUAAAUCCCGACACCAGCGCGUGGUGGUACUGGCUGUUCUUGGUCUUCUACAGUGUCGUCAAGCUGCCCAUGACGGAGGUGGCGUUUGCAGUCGAAGUCACGUGGCGCAAAGUCCCUCGUGUCGGACCGCUGCAGAAGAUAUUCCGUUUGGCCUGGGUUCCGUUGUGGUUGCUUUUACUGUCACUAGUGUACGUUGUGUUGAUGGUGGGCGAUGGCCUUGUGAUGGUGUGGGGAUUGAUCUGCAAGGGGUUACGUAUUGCGUGGCAAGGCACGGAGGAGGAGAAAAAGAAGGAAGGAAAGGAGAGGGGAACGGAUGAGGCGGAUAAGGUUGAAGAACAGGUCAUCACUCCGGAGGUUGAGCAACCUUCAUGGAAUAUCCCAUGGUGGAGGAAGCCGCUGCACGCCAUGGAGUACGGGCUAGUUCUUGCCGCUCACCGAAAGAGAAUGGAAAGCCCUACCGAAGCAACCCCGGAAGUUUCCAACUCGAGCACCACAGCGGUCAACCCAACUACGCCGGUGAUAGCCAACGUGGACACCCCCGCGUUCACCAACGGCUCCCAAACUUCAGUUAAGACAGAAUAGCGAAAGAGCCGAAAACGGGGUGAGGUUGGGGGCUUGGUCUGUGCUUUCAUACGGAUAUGUCUUUGGAGGGGUUUAUGUUGGGUUUAUGUUGGGUUUAUUUUCUGGUUAUUGUUGUGUGAUUUAUAACGAAUUUUGUAUUCUAUUCCUUUUCUGUGUUUAAUCAUACCCGCAUUCGGCCAUCCAGAAUAGCGGCGUACUUUCUAUCUGUCUCCUGUCCGCCGUCUCGACCACAGCUUCCCUUGUCUGCCGC